GCAAGCACGCACGGGGUGAGAGGUCAUUGUAGCCAGCGUGGUCAAGGAUGUAAACAAUGUUGGCUUUGCACCGAGCAAGAGAUAACUCAGUAAGGACUUGAAAAAUGACAUUAUUGGCGAGGACAGCCCACUCCUUCCUGUGCACACCGAGGACUGUGUUGCCGUCAGGGGGCGUCAGACCAUUCUGGGGAUGGCUUAACGCCGUUUUCAACAAGGUGGACUAUGAAAGGAUAAAGGCUGUGGGUCCAGAUCGGGCUGCUGCAGAGUGGCUACUGCGGUGCGGUGCGAAGGUCCGCUUCCAGGGCUUCGACCGCUGGCAGCACGACUACAACGGCCUGCCCACCGGGCCCUUGGGACGCUACAAAAUCCAAGGCAUCGACGCCACUGACUCGUGCAUUAUGUACCGCGGAUUUGACCAUCUGGAUGGCUUGGAGCAUGUGGAGGAGGUGAGGCUGAUCAAGAGCAACUACAUCGAGGACAGCUGUCUGGAGAAGCUGAGCCAGACGCUGAACCUGCAGAACAGCCUGCGACGCCUGGAGAUCACCUCCUGCGGAAACGUCACCGACAAGGGACUCAUCAGCCUGCACCACCUCAGGAACCUGGAAUAUCUGUUCCUGAGUGAUUUGCCAGGGGUGAAGGAUAAGGACACCACGGUUGACCGCCUACAGACCGCUCUGCCCCAGCUUGACAUCGAGCUGGACCUAGGCUGACCCCCAACCGCUCGCUCGCCCAAACCAUCAUGGAAGUAGAAGGGUGUCUGUCCGUGGUGACUGUAGCCAUAGGGACACUGCGUGCAGAGCGUGCUUCAAAUGACAAAUGAGCACUCGGCAGAGAAAUAAGUUGGGAGAUUCAUCUUUGCUCUUUCACAGCACUUUAUUUAUAGCAACAACAAAGGAAAGAGUUUGACAAAAAAAGAGAUGUUAAUAUUUGCUAUGUUCAUCUAGGGUAUCAAACAUCAAUGUUAUUGUUAUUUAUUAUUAUUACUCCAUAGAAAAGCAUUACAGAGGCAUCUGUGUUACUAAGAAAAAGCUUUUUUUAUGCAUGCAUAAAAGAAGCUGAAAAUUACAAAGACCCACCAUAUUCUGGAGCCAUGUAAUUCAGUCAAUUUGGCAUUUGUUGCAAGUCAAAGGGGAGAUAUGGGGCUGAGAAGCACCGCUCAUCAAGAGAUAUAUUCAAUAAAAUAACAAUUGCUAAAACUAAGUCAUUUUCCUUUUUCAUGUGUAUUGUAUCUGAAUAGCUAGAAAGUAAACAAAACACAUUUUUUGCUA